ACUUUCUGCUUUUCACACCUUUCACUGUAAGUUAUUAACAAAGUUUUAUGAUUUUAUGAUGGAUUUUCCUUUUCUUUACUCAAUUGUAGGGAAUGACGUGAAUCUCCUUGGUUUGUGCUGUGACUUGUGGACUUGCAGAUAUGUCGUGGGGAAAACAGAUUGCACAGAAGUCAAUAUCAUUGUCAAGAUAAUGGAUAUACCGUGAUACUGUUCUUCCGUAUUGUCGCAAAUCUAUAAAGUCACACGAAUUGAGACCAUUUUUUUGCAAACAAUGGAGCAAAAAGCAGAAAGUUCAGAUACUGAUCAGGAAAUAAAACGUGGCAAGAACCAUAAUAACUCUGGCUAUUCCUCUGAUUUUGGGACUACACCACAGUCUUCCAGCCAGUCCUCUCCCGGCAGCCCCUUACGUACAGAGUCAAAGGAAACAACUGCCAACAAACAACCAUCAGGCAACCAAGUGCAUCACCAAGCCCCUAGGAAACCAACCCCUAAGGCUGUACAAAACAAAAAGUGUGGCCGAAUGGGAUUUCGAUCCCAGAGUCUCAAUAGAGAGCCACUGCGGAAAGAUUCUGAUCAUGUAACAAAACGCGUUCUCUCUGCAAGACUGCUGAAAAUCACUGAGUUGCAGAAUGAAGUAUGUGAACUCCAGGUCAAGUUAGCUGAGCUGCUAAAAGAAAAUAAGGCUUUGAAAAGGCUUCAGUAUAGACAGGAGAAAGCCCUGAAUAAGUUUGAAGAUGCAGAAAGUGAAAUUGCUCAACUUAUACUUCGUCACAACAAUGAGAUUACAGUACUCAAAGAACGCUUGAGAAAAUCUCAAGAGAAAGAGCGGGCCACCGAGAAAAGAGUGAAAGACACUGAAGGUGAACUUUUCAGGACAAAAUUUUCCUUACAAAAACUGAAGAAGAUCUCAGAAGCCAGACACCUGCCUGAAAGAGAUGAUCUGGCCAAGAAGCUAGUGUCAGCCGAGUUGAAACUCGAUGACACCGAGAGAAGAAUUAAGGAACUUUCAAGGAACCUUGAGCUGAGUACUAACAGUUUCCAACGUCAGCUGUUUGCUGAGAGGAAAAGGGCAUAUGAGGCUCAUGAUGAAAAUAAAGUUCUACAAAAGGAGCUACAACGUCUGUACCACAAACUAAAGGAAAAGGAGAGAGAACUGGAUAUAAAAAACAUAUAUUCUAACCGUCUGCCCAAGUCCUCUCCAAAGAAAGAAAAAGAACUUGCUCCAAGAAAGCAUGCUGCAUGCCAGAGUGAUUUUACAGACCUGUGUACAAAGGGAGUACAAACGAGUGAAGAUUUGGGGCAGGAAGAAACUUCCAUAACACCACAGACAAUUAUGUGUUACGAAAACAAGCAGGAGGAACCGGAACAUCAUUCUUUGAACGUGGAGUCCCAAGAGCCAGAGGAACACAAGGAAGCCAAGGCUCUGCCUUCACCUGCAGAGAAAGAAGAAGCUGGCGACGACAAAGAUGAAGGAGAGGGCAUCCUGGAGCUGGAGGAUGAGAAGCUGGAGACUGCCUGGGCGAGCGAGGAGGCCGGCGGCCGGCGGGACGCGGGGAGGCCCGGCUCGGCCGCGGGGCCGCGGGCGGACGGCUCGGGCGAGGAAGCGGAAGCGGAGGAGGAAGCGGAAGCGGAAGCGGAGGCGGAGGCGGAGAGGGCCAAGACGGAGCUGCUGCUGGCCAAGCUGAACGAGCUGCACCGGGAGCUCCGGGACCCGCGGGGCCGGCCGCCGCCCGCGGCGCCCCUGCUCCCGGACCUGGGGCCCCGGCUGCGCGCGCUGGUGCGGAGCCCGCCGCCGCCCUCGCCGCCCUGGCCGCCGCGGGAGCCGGGCCUGCCCGCCGCCCUGGCCGCCCUGGCCGCCGCCGCCCCGCGGGGGGACGCCCGCAGCAGCCCGGCCCCGCCCGGCGCCGCCCGCGACCUGGCCCUGGCCUUCGGGAGCUACGUGCCCUCGUUCGGGAGAACCCCGGGGAAGCCGCCCCCGCCCCCGGGCGGCCCGUGGAGCGGCCCGGCGGCGCUGCCGGCGGCCGAGCGCCUCUUCGGGCCCGGCGCCGCCGCCGCCGCCGUCGGGGGCGACGGCAGCGCCGGCUCCUCGCGCGCCAACAGCCGCGGCGACGGCGGGGCCCGGGCCGCGGACGAGGGCUUCCCCCGGGGCGGCGAGGGCCGGCGCGGCGGCCACCCGCCCCGGCCGCGCCUGCCGCCCGCCAGCCCCAAGCCCGGCGCCCCGGCCGCGCUGUCCGCCCUGGACGCCGUCGAGGACGAGGUGGAGGAGGUGGCGCUGCGAUGA